AUGGCCGUUGCUGCUACAGCAAACCCUACCAUUGGCUACGCCGGCUACUUCUACACCAACUGUACCGUCCCCAGCAUUGAUGCCGCUAACGCAUACGCUGGAUCCUGCGUCAAUGUCGAGGACUUCCCCAUCAAGUCAUUCACCGCCUAUGUGGAGUCUGGCUCUUGUGCCGACGGUACCUCUGCUGUUUUCAACACCUACACUGCUGCUGGAUGUGCUGAUUCGGAUCUGUCGGAGACUGUUAGCGUGACUACUGAGAAGCAGUGCUUUGAGGCUGAUGUUACUCUUUACAGCAUCAUGGCUGAGUGUGUUUAG